UUCCCACUGUGGAAAAUGGUAAACAAAGACAUGAAUGGAUUCCCGGUCAAGAAAUGCUCAGCCUUCCAAUUUUUUAAGAAGCGGGUACGAAGAUGGAUCAAAAGUCCAAUGGUCAGUGUGGACAAGCAUCAGAAUCCCAGCCUGAAGUACACAGGCCCCUCCGUGGUGCACACCCCCCACGGGGAGCCCGACUUUGAGCCUUCCUUGUGUCAGAUGUGCCUAGGAGACCAUGCUUUCCAAAGAGGGGUUCUCCCUCAGGAGAAGGAGUCGUGUUCAUGGGAAACUCAACCCAGGUGUGAAGUAAAAGAACCAUGUACUCACGCCAACAUCCUGACCAAGCCUGAUCCAAGAACCUUCUGGACUAACGAUGACUCAGCUUUCAUGAAGCAGAGGAGGAUGGGCCUGAACGACUUUAUUCAGAAGAUUGCCAAUAACUCCUAUGCAUGCAAACACCCUGAAGUUCAGUCCAUUUUGAAAAUCUCCCAACCUCAGGAGCCUGAGCUUAUGAAUGCCAACCCUUCUCCUCCACCAAGUCCUUCUCAGCAAAUCAACCUUGGUCCAUCAUCCAAUCCUCAUGCUAAACCAUCUGACUUCCACUUCUUGAAAGUGAUCGGAAAGGGCAGUUUUGGAAAGGUUCUUCUAGCAAGACACAAAGCAGAAGAAGCAUUCUACGCAGUCAAAGUUUUACAGAAGAAAGCGAUCCUGAAAAAGAAGGAGGAAAAGCAUAUUAUGUCGGAGCGGAAUGUUCUACUGAAGAAUGUGAAGCACCCUUUCCUGGUGGGCCUUCACUUCUCUUUCCAGACUGCUGACAAAUUGUACUUUGUCCUCGACUACAUUAAUGGUGGAGAGUUGUUCUACCAUCUCCAGAGGGAGCGCUGCUUCCUGGAACCGCGGGCCCGUUUCUAUGCUGCUGAAAUAGCCAGUGCCUUGGGUUACCUGCACUCUAUGAACAUCGUCUAUAGAGACUUAAAACCAGAGAAUAUUCUGCUGGACUCCCAGGGACACAUUGUCCUUACUGACUUCGGGCUCUGCAAGGAGAACAUCGAACACAACGGCACGACAUCCACCUUCUGUGGCACACCUGAGUAUCUCGCACCCGAGGUGCUUCAUAAGCAGCCAUACGACAGGACUGUGGACUGGUGGUGCCUGGGGGCCGUCUUAUAUGAGAUGCUCUAUGGCCUGCCUCCUUUUUACAGCCGAAACACAGCUGAGAUGUACGACAACAUUCUGAACAAGCCCCUCCAGUUGAAGCCAAAUAUCACAAAUUCUGCAAGACACCUCCUGGAGGGCCUCCUGCAGAAGGACCGGACAAAGCGGCUGGGUGCCAAGGACGACUUUAUGGAGAUUAAGAACCAUGUCUUCUUCUCUGUAAUUAACUGGGAUGAUCUCAUUAAUAAGAAGGUUACUCCUCCUUUUAACCCAAAUGUGAGUGGACCCAGCGACCUGCGGCACUUCGACCCCGAGUUUACUGAAGAGCCCGUCCCCAACUCCAUCGGCCGGUCCCCCGACAGCAUCCUCCUCACCGCCAGCGUCAAGGAGGCCGCCGAGGCCUUCCUGGGCUUUUCCUAUGCACCUCCCGUGGACUCCUUCCUCUGAACAGUCGGAGGGUGGGUUCUGGAGGGUUUGCUGUGGGUUUUGCAAUGUUUUCGUUAGCCUCUUGGCGGAGCCGCCGACUGGCAGGACCUCUUCACAGAGAAUUUGCACAUCUCCGGGAGUUUGUGCACCUUGGCGAUCUUACUGCACACUGUUUGCUGGAAGCUUUUCGAAGAGCACAUCCUCUCCUCUCAGUGAGCUCACGAGGUUUUCAUUCUUAUUCUUCCUUCCAACGUGGUGCUAUCUGAAAUUCGCGUCCGCGUGCCGCCACAGCCGGGCGCAGCGGUCCUGGCAGAAGGACGCUGCCCUAAGGGGGGUCUCACCUGUGAGGGUCUGUCUGGGCUGUGACAACGAAUCUUACGACAUGUGCCUUUUCUGAUGAGAUUGUGUUCGCUCCAAAGCUUUCCCUAGCGCAGCGUUUCAGUUCUUUCUUCUUCCUCGUGGAUUGCUGUGCGAACAGUGGUCUGAGUGUGGUAUGCCUGAGCACAGAUGGAUUUAGUUAUAAGCAUCAAUGUGACACUUGCAGGACACUACAAUGUGGGACAUUGUUUGUUUCUUCCAUAUUUGGAAGAUAAAUUUAUGCGUAGACUGUUUUGUUUUUUUUUUGUAAGAUAUAGUUAAUUAAAAUUUAUUGAAAUGGUCUUGCAAUGACUUGUAUCCAGAUGCUUAAGGAAAGCAUUGCUGCUACAGAUAUUUCUAUUUUUAGAAAGGGUUUUUAUGGACCAAUGCCCCAGUUGUCGGUCAAGCCUGGUGUUUUCAUUGUUUAAAAUGUCACCUGAAAAUGGGCAUUAUUUAUGGGGUAUUUUUUUUUUUUUUGCAUUCCUCGUAAUUGUAUGUAUUGUAUAAAGUCUGUACAUUGGGUUAUAACACUAGUAUAUUUAAACUUACAGGCUUAUUUGUAAUGUAAACCACCAUUUUAAUGUACUGUAAUUAACAUGGUUAUAAUAUGUACAAUUCUUCCCCCCUUCCCAUCACACAACUUUUGUGUGUGUGUGAUAAACCAGUUUUGGUUUGCAAUAAAACCUUAAAAAGUA